GGCUCGCCUCCAGCACCGGGAUGCCGGCCUUCUGCAGGCGCAGCGUGGAGCGUUCGGAGCUGGACACCGCGCCGGGGAUGGCGAGGCGCCCGGCGGCGAUCUCGGCCGCCAGGGCGUCGAUGAAGCAGUCCACCGUGGAGCCGGUGCCCACGCCGAGGAUCUGGCCGGCCGGGACGUGGGCGACCGCUGCGUGGCCGACGAGUUGCUUGAGCUGGUCUUGGUUCAUGCCGCCAUUUUGCGGGAUGGGCGCCGGCAGCCCGGCGCCCUCCUCGCCUGGCCGUCAGCGGAUGACGGCUUGACGCGGUGCCGAAUCCACGGCCUGCUGCCGCGCGGCAUCCCAGGCCGUGAAGCGGUACUCGACCACAUCACCCGUCUUCAAGCCACCCGCGACGUAACGGUGCACGCCGCCGUCGGGGCGCAGGCGCACGGUCUGCGUGUCGCCGCCGUUGACGCUGUAGUGCACGUCCACCCAGCCGCUGGCGGCCGCGGCGAACGCCAGCGUCGUUGCGCUCGUCUGCGUGCCCGGCGAGUCGAUCGCCGUCCAGCUACUGCCGGCCGAGUAGGCCCAGGCGCCGUUGGGCGAGUCGGUGCCGCUCUGCCAUUGCCCGCUGAAAUCGGCGCCGGCCACGGCGACGAGCCAGUAGUUGCCCGCCGCCAGCGACCAGCCGGUGGGGCUGAGCGUCGUGUUGGCGAACGGGUCGGUGAGCUGGGCGCUGUAGAGCCAGCCGGCGGCCGUGGGCAGCGCGCCGGUGCGCGGCAGGAUGCCGAGCGUGACGGUGCCGGUGCCGUCGACCGAGGUCAGCAGCGACUCGAUCGUGCCGGCGCUGCUCAGGCUGAAGGCGAUGGCGAUGUCCUGCCCGGUGAACAGCGGCGUGGGCCAGCCGUUGAGCUGGUUGAUGUCGGGGCCGUAGCUGUCGUGCACGACGAUGCCGGUGGCGCUGGCGUGGGCCGUCAGGCCGGCGAGCAGCAGCGCGGCAACGGCGCGGGCGCGACGACGGCGGGCGACCGCACCGACCGUGGCCAGGCCCGCGAGCAGCAGCGCGAAGCUGGCGGGCUCGGGGACGGCGGCAGUGGUGAGCAUGAACUGGAGGUCAUCCACCAGCACGGCAUUGGGCCGGCCGUCGAGGAUGGGGCCGACCGCCGUGCCGAUCUCGAGGAACAGCGUGGUCGUGCCCGCGGGAAUGGCGGCAGCCUGGAAGCUGAUCUGCGUCCAGCCGCCGGGGUUGAUCUGCGUCUGGAACUGGCGGUCCAGCGCCAGCACGUUGCCGCUGGCGGUGAAGUACUGCAGCUUCACGAAGGCGUUGCCGGUGGUACUGGCAUCGCCCUUGGCCCAGAAGGUCAGCCACGGGGUGUCGCCCACGUUGGCGGCGGUCAGCGGCGGCAGGCCGCCGUGGCCGACCGAGUCCUGCAGGGCGAUGGAGGCAUCGAAGCCAUUGGGGGCGCUGAGCAGCAGCGCGAAGCUGCCGGAGUGGGCGUCGGUGGACAGCGACGCCGGGCUGCUGGUGGCCGCGUCGGCUGA